UCUCAAAAUUCAAUAGAAAGUCCGUAAAAGUGAUGCGCAUAAAAAUUUUGAUAAAGUUAUAAUCAUCACACGUGGACAAGAUCUCUUACCUUCACCGUCUAAGGCAGCAUGGCUCCCUCUGUCUCCGCCGCGAAGACCGAGUUAACAGAAACACUUCAUAAAAGGAAAGCAUGUUCUUGACACUCUCCCCUACUCGCCUCUGUGUAAAGCCUUCUCUUCCCUAUGCGCACUUUAGCCCUCUCCUCCCUCCCAUGUGUAUCCUACGCCGCCUCAACCUUUGCCAAUUGAGGCUCCUCCGCUACCGCCGAUUCUCCACCGUAUCUGCCGCAGCAGUACGGCAGGAUACCACCGUCUGGACCCAAGCGUCCCUCUCCGAAGUAGAGCCAGCCGCUGAGUCCCUCUUCCACGUGUCCAUCGACCUAUCCGACGCCCCCGACCUCGUCGCGUCCCACACCUGUGCCGGUCAGUACCUCCAGCUCCGAGUUCCCGACGUUUCCAAGCCUUCCUUCUUCGCAAUCGCUUCCCCGCCCUCGUUCGCCGCUGAGCGUGGCGCUUUCGACUUCCUGGUGAAGAGUGUUUCUGGUUCGACCGCCGAGCUUCUCUGUGGCUUGAAGAAGGGAGAUGUGGUUGAGCUCAGCCAGGUCAUGGGCAGAGGCUUUCAAAUCGACCGGAUCGAGCCUCCCGAAGUUUAUUCUACGGUUCUGAUUUUCGCCACAGGAUCGGCAAUUAGUCCCAUUCGGUCUCUCAUUGAGUCUGGAUUUAAUACUUCUAAGAGAUCUGAUGUGAGGCUUUAUUAUGGUGCUAGAAACCUAAAGCGUAUGGCUUAUCAGGAUAGAUUUAAACAUUGGGAAUCUUCUGGGGUUAAGAUUGUGCCCGUAUUAUCCCAACCAGAUGACAGUUGGACCGGUGAAAGUGGCUUUGUCCAGGCUGCUUUCACUAGAGAGAAGCGAAUUUCCAGUCCUCAGUCAGUUGGUGCUGUGCUCUGUGGGCAGAAUCAGAUGACUGAGGAAGUUACCACGAUUCUUGUAUCAGAUGGAGUGUCAAGUGAGAAGAUACUAAAGAACUUUUGACAAACCAGAUACUCAAUAUUUAUGUCAGCUUUUCAUAAAAAAAUAAGACUCAAUUUUGAGAUUUAUGAUAAUCUUCUUGGUACGUGAGAUACAUUGCAGCAAAGCUAAAUUACAGGAUUCAUACAUGAGUUUUGACAAAGGAGUAAACUUGCAGUGCAGAUCUGAACGAUGACAAGUCUAGCAAUAAUAGGAUCCUUUCCAGUGGAUGUCUACAAUUUUUCUUUUCUAUCCAGGAAUCUGGGUGUAUCAUACAGGUCGUAGACCUCAAGUGAACCUGCGGUUAUAUGAGAACAGAAUAUGGAGGUACGUGCUAUCCUGCAAUGGACUUGAAUUAAAGGACAAGUGUACAAGGAGAUGAUGACCCCCGCAGCUUGACUUUUUCAUGUUGACAAUAAUUUUGUCUGCAAUUUUCUUGUUGCUUUAGCCGCAAGAGUCGUGCACAGAAUAGUGAACAAUCCAAUGGAUUCCAAAAAUUCUUAGUCGAUAUCGUAA